GUGAAAUAAAACAGAAUAGACUUUUUUUUUCUUUUUUUUUUUCUUUCUUGAUUCAUGUCUGAUUUCUUUGGAUCAUUUAGAAGAAGAAAAGGGACUAGUCAAUUCGAUUCAUCAGCUUCUUCGAGGUCGUCUAUAGAUAGUUCAUCCAGGAAAAGUCAAGGAGCUAACGAUGUAAUCAGUGACGAACCUAUGCCAGAUACGGAUGAGAAAAUAGAUGAACUCUUUGAUCAAAUGCUGGUUCGAAGAGGCUUAGAUGAGGAGAAAAGAAAACCGCUCAUGUCUCUGGAUUAUAAAACAAAAUGGGCUAUGAUUAUUCAAGAUCGACGAGCUGAGCAAGUUGUUGCCGGUCGAAGAACAACAGUGACUGAUAAUGAUAAUGCGCCGCCAUUAAUUUCAGUACUAUCAGAUUUAGCAGGUGAAAUGUGGUCUGCAACUCGAGACUCAACUGCUCGGGCUGUAGAACGACAUACAUAUCGUAGUAGUCAUUUAGCGCCUGUAGGAAAACGAGUAUCAGAAGUAAUUCAGCCUAGUGCAACCCUAUUAACAAUACCUACUAAUAUAUCCUAUGAAGUAUCUACAACAAAUACAGAUAAAAAUACUCCAGAAUAUUAUAUACGUAAAUUUAUGGAACCUGACUUGAGAGCUGUGACGCCUACUUUAGCUGAUAAUCUAGCUGUUAGUCUCAGAACACGGCCAUUGGAUUGGGUUAUUCGAUUCACUGAUUUAAAGGGGUUAAAGGUUAUUUCAAGCGGAUUAUCAUAUUUAAACAAAAAGCCUGAUUCGGAAAAAAAAGGACAAACUUUAGAAUUGGAAUAUGGCCUUAUUAAAUGUAUCAAAGUUUUGAUUAAUGCAAGAUGGGGAGCUCGUGAAGCAAUACUAAAUCCAGAAUACAUUCAUUCAUUUGUUUUUUCAAUUAUUUGUCCACAAUGGCAAGCAAGGAAAAUCAUAUGUGAUAUGUUGCUCUUUUUGUGUCACUGUGAUGUGCCACUCGGUCAUACAAUUGUAAUGCAAGGCUUUGAAUUGCUGAGAAAGCAUAGAAAAGAUUUUGGUAUAUUUGAUUCAUGGUUAAAGGAUUUUGAGCAUACGCUGGACGGUACACGUAAAACUGGCACAAUAAGAUCACCAUCUAUUGAUGACUAUCAUAAAUUAAAUAUCUAUGUUCCGCCUGAUAGUCACUUAAUUGAAUAUUGUAUCUCUAAUAUUAGUUUGAUUAAUUCACUCGUUCAUAUACCAACUGAAGUAACAGAAAGAGUUUAUUUGCGUAGUCAGUUUAAAGCAUCUGGAUUAGAACGUAUAUUUAGAAAACUAGAAAGAUUAGAUGAUCCUGCAUUAUACGAUCAAAUAGAGAAAUACAACAGAAGAGCAGAAAAUGAUAUGGAUGAAGCUUUUGGCGAUGAAAUGUCAAUGUAUAAUGAUAUUUCUCAACCCAAUGAGUUAUUGGAUCUUAUACUUGAAAAUAUUGCCGAUGCGCCUAAUGCACUUGAAUACCUACUUCAUACUUUUAGAAGUAUGCUGUUGAUUAAAGGUGAGCCUGAAAGAAAAACACAUUAUCAUCAAGCAAUUAGUGAAAUUGUUUUUAAUAUUGUCAUGGAUCGUAGAGAAAAAAUAAGCGCUGAUGAAUUGGGAUCAUCUGCUUUUGGGAUUUCCGUUAAUUCAAUGAUAAGUCGUUUUAAUGAACUUGAUCGACUACAAGAAAUAGCAAAAACAGCAGAAGAGGAUCGUGAAUUGGCCAUACGAUUAAAUGCUGAAAACAAAGAACUGAAGGAACAAAUUGAAGCAUUAAAAAGAGCUCCUGGCGCUGCUAAGCCUAGUGCUCAGCAAAGUAAUUAUAAAAUGGAAAAUAUUGCUCUAAGGGCAUUACAACAGCAAUCAAAUAAAACAAUUGCCAUGUUGCAAGAAAGACUUAGAGAGGCAACUGAGUCUUUAGAGAAUUAUACGAAUAUAGCAGCAACAUCCACAACUGCACCUAUUGUUGUAGGAGAGGAAUGGAAAUUAGCGAGUCGUAAAUCUGAUAACAAUGCUGUUAUACCACAAUUUAAGACGCCUAAUGUAGAUGACUCUAUUUAUCCAUCGCAAUACCCCGCUCAAAUAUAUGAUAAUGAAACAUCACCACUUGGAUCUGGAGGAUUCGAUAUUCAUAGUUCUACUCCUAUACCAUAUUCUUCACAAUAUCCAAAUAAGCAACAACCUGUUGAUCAUGAUUUGCCUCCUACAUUACCCAAACAUGGAGACACUACUAUUACUACUGAAAUAUCUAUUAAUAAUGAGUCAAAGGUUAAAAAGCCUAAUCUUACACCGCUUCCUGCACUUAAAACUGAAGAAAUACCACCAGUUGAGAAUAUUGAAUCUGAAGAUACAAUUUCAUCAUUAUCACCUACUUCAUCUCCUGUACUUACCGAUGUACCUGAAGCAUUAAUACCACCGCCACCACCGCCACCGCCACCACCACCACCUGCACCAGCUGGACCUUCUGGAGUAUUACCACCGCCGCCGCCUCCUCCUCCUCCCCCUCCUCCACCUCCUGGACCUGGAGGAGCUGUACCCCCACCUCCUCCGCCACCACCACCUCCUCCUCCACCUCCUGGACCUGGAGGAGCUGCGCCUCCACCACCUCCACCACCACCUCCUCCUCCUGGGCCUGGAGGGGUUGCGCCUCCGCCCCCACCGCCACCACCACCUGGACCUGGAGGAGCUGUACCUCCCCCUCCCCCACCCCCUCCUGGCAUGAAGGGGCCUAAUGCACCUCCAGUUCCUUUAGGCCCUAUUCGUAAGGAGCUCCGCCACUACCCACAAAUUAAACUAAAGAACCUUCAGUGGCAAAAAUUGGAUGCACGCAAUGUAGAUAACACAAUUUGGAAACUUGAAGACGUCAAUGAAACUGAACUUGAAGAUGAUCUUGAUAAGUAUGGUGUCUUUGCUAAAAUUGAAGAUCUCUUCCCUGCAAAAGUCAAUACCUUUUUUGAAAAACGAUUGAAGGCUAAAAUAGAAGAAAAGAAGGAUGCAAUCAAAUUCCUAACUAAAGAAAAAUCUCGAAACAUUAAUUUGGCUGUUCUUCCAAAGAUCAAAUCCUAUUCCAGCUAUGAAAGUGUUCGAUAUGAAAUUAUGAAAGUGAAUGAUGAACUUUGUACAGAGACCUUCUUGAGUAAUCUUCUUGCUUAUGUACCUGGUAAAGAUGACGAUUUAAAAAUGAUGGAAAAAUACCAAAAUGAAUCACCUGAAGUUUGUGAAGAGUUAGAUCUUCCUGAACAAUUUACUAUUGAAAUGUUCAAGAUGUAUCGAUAUGAAGUCCGUAUUCAGUUUAUGUUGUUUAGAAUUCAAUUCUGGGAAAAAUUUGAACAACUAGAAAAGAAUAUGACAAUUGUACUUGAAGUUUCUGAUGCUUUGAAAAAUUCCAAGAGCUUGAAAGAAUUAUUAUGUCUUAUAUUGCUUUUGGGUAAUUAUAUGAAUGCAUCUAGUUUACAAGGUGGUGCAUUUGGUAUGCGUAUUUCAAGUAUAAACAAAUUAGUAGAUACCAAGGCAUCCAACAUUUCUUCGUUAAAUCUUUUACAUGUUGUAACGGGUAUUGUACGUCGACAAUUUCCUCAAUUACUUCAAUUUUUAAAAGAUCUCAAAGAUAUUGAGCAAGCAGCACGUAUUACAGCUAGUCUUAAUGACAUGGUACAGCAAUAUACUGAGAUGAGAAAGGGGCUUAAGGAACUUACAUUAGAAUUGGGUACAAAAUGGCAGCCAGAGGAUGUUGAAUUAGAUGAAGCAGACCAGUUUUGUACUAUCAUGACUGAGUAUAAUGAAAGAGCCUCAGUCAGAUUUGAGGAUCUUCAAACACUUUAUAUUAAUAUGGAUGCAGGUUGGAAAGAUGUCAUGAUCUAUUAUGGAGAAAACCCGAAAGUGAUGCGGCCUGAUGAUUUCUUUGGAACCUUUUCACGAUUUGUCAUUUCUUGGAAGGAAGCUGCUGCUACAGAAGAAAAGUUGGCAAUGAAACAAGAACGUGAAGAAAAGAGAAAACGUGAGGAAGAAGAAAGAAAGGAACGUAUGAGAUUGAAAAAGGAAAAGGCAGAACAAAAACGAAAAUCUGUUCAAGGAAUCAGUACAGAUGCCGAUGGUAAAGGUGAAGUAGAUCGUUGUAUGAUGGAUAAUUUGUUAGAUAAGCUGAGAACAGGAGAAAUUGAAGUUCGUACUUCAAGACGUCGUAGUAGAGCGCAAAGACAAAGAAAAGAUGAAGAGAAUAGCCAAGUAGAUAUUUCUGCUGCUGAUUUAUUAAAAACUCUUAAAUCAGAAGAUGAUUAAGUGUCAUCUUAUAAUACUAUAUACAUAUACAUAAUAUUUAUACUUUUACUGUUUAAUACACAGCAAGGUUCAUACAUAUACAUAAUUUAUAAUGCAUAGUAAUAAAUACUAAUAUAACAUUUAUAAAUUUUAACGUGAUACAG